AUCGCUGCUACCGUCUCCACACCCAGAACUUUUUGCGACUCUUAUCUCCCGCUCGCUGUAGGUGCUUGUCCACUCCUGCAAUCAAUAGUCGCUUCUUUGUUCUCGACCAGCGCAAUAAUAGCACUCGAUUCCGCUUCUGUCGCUCGACUGCUGUGGCUCGAGGCAGAUCAAAGCCUGUUCCUGGCUAACCGUUUCUGGUGCAGAUAAGGUUAUUAUUCCAGUGCGGCGAACCACGUCGUCAUCUCAUCAUAUCAGCUCUGUGACCGCCUUUUUCUUCAUUCCAUCCAUCCACCUGGAUUGUUUUGUCGCGCACAGGCUCUGAAACUGUCCCCUCUGCCACAUCUGUUUUGCGAUCCGUGCCCCCAAUCCCAUCGAUUGAGGCAUUAAAAUACACCGUUCCCCCAACGUUAUACAAUGGCCACUCAUCACCACACCCGGCAUUUGUCCCACCACUCAAAAAGGCCUCAACCGGCCCACGCAAGGCCCUCCAAGCCUGCUCUGCUGUCCAAACGUUCUUCUUCUCACGGUUCCCACAAGAAGUCUGCACCCAAGGAAGACGACUGGGAAGAAGAGGAAGUAAUGGCCACGAGUUUCUUGAACUUUUGCACGACUUGUGAAAAACAAAUCAUCGUUCCCAGCAAUUUCGUCCUGUACUGCUCUGAAUCCUGCCGCCGCAAGGAUACUGAGAAACAACUGUCAUUUCCCUUCGACUACUCACCACCCAUGUCACCUUCCCACACCACCUCGGACGACCACUUCCGUGAUAUUGUUCAGCCCCGCUCUCCUACUCACAUGCCCUCCAACCGCUCUUCCAUCAUCUUCUCCGAUGUAUCUUGGGAUGACAACACUCCCACCAAGGCCUCUGACUGCGAGCAAGCAAAACACGAUUCAGAAGCAUCAAAGUAUCUGCGCCAGUACCAAGCCACAACCUUCCCCUGUGAUACCACACCCACUCUUUACUCUCGCCGUCCGGGCCACAGUCGCACAUCCACUUCAAAUACCGCAAGUGUAACCCCAUCGCUUUCGCAUACCCCGGCAAGCUCCAUCAGCUACUCGCUGCCCUACACUCCAGCCACGCGGCCCUUGCCACCCAGGAACCACUCAACAUAUGCGUCCAAGUCGAUCGAGCUCGUGACACCAUGGCCUUACUCGGCCACCGCACCUCUCAGCCCGCCCAAGUACUCAAUGAAGGCUGCCCCCACGAUCGAGAGGACGUCGAGCAUCAUCGAGGGCGAGAUAUUAUAUGAGAAGAGCCCUAUUCCUUCCAUCUCUCCUGCCAACGGAAGUCUGGGAAGACUGUUGGCCAACACUGUUCAUACUUAG